UUUGAUUAAAGCAGCUGUAAGCCAAAAUGUCUGACGAAGCAGUGGAGGAAGUUUUAGAAGAAGUUGUAGAGGAAGAAGUUGAAGAAGUUGUAGUGGAGGAGGUGGUGGAGGAAGAAGAAGCUCCACCUGGAGUAGAAGAGCCUCCUGUUUCGGCAGCUGAAGAGACUCCAGCUACAGAAGAAGAGGCUCCAGCUGUAGAUGAAGAUGAAUCAAGGCCCAAACCAAAGGCUUUUGCACCACCCAUAGCUGUUCCAAAGAUACCAGAGGGAGAUAAGGUGGACUUUGAUGACAUCCACAGGAAGCGUCAGGAGAAAGAUCUGUCAGAGCUGCAAUCUCUGAUCGAAGCCCACUUCAUUCAGAGGAAAAAGGAUGAGGAGGAGCUCAUCGCUCUUGUUAACAGGAUUGAGAAGCGUCGUGCUGAGAGGGCUGAACAGCAGAGGAUCCGCACUGAGCAGGAGAAGGAGAGGCAGGCUCGUCUCGUUGAGGAAAAAGAGAGGAAGGAACAGGAGGAGGCUCGUAAGAAGCAUGAGGACGACACCAAGAAGAAAAAGGCUUUGACCAACAUGACCCAACAUUACGGUGGUCAGCAAAGGCAAGAUGGAAAGAAGGGAGCAAAGAAGCAAACGGAAAGAGAAAAGAAGAGAAAGAUCCUGGCAGAGAGGAAGAAACCACUCAACAUUGACCACCUCAACGAGGACAAGCUGAAGGAGAAGGCCAGCGAGCUGUGGCAGUGGCUGAUGACGCUGGAGGCGGAGAAGUUUGACUACACUGAGCAGCUAAAGAGACAGAAGUAUGAUAUCAACCUGCUGCAGAAUCGGGUCCAGGCCACCCAGAGCGCCAAAGGAAGAGGCAAGGCCAAAGGCAGGGUGAGAUAGAGGGAUGAAACCUGCCUGUCAGAUGCCGGAACAACGGUGUUCG